UGCAAGCCGGCCCCAGGCCGCCUCGCCGCCGCCCGGCCUCGCUGCGCGCCACCAUGGACAGUCCCGUUUUCCCCUGGUAAAGAUGGCGGUGCGCGAUCGCUGCAACCUUUAGACUAAUGACUGUCCGAAACAUCGCCUCCAUCUGUAAUAUGGGCACCAAUGCCUCUGCUCUGGAAAAAGACAUUGGUCCAGAGCAGUUUCCGAUCAAUGAACACUACUUCGGAUUGGUCAAUUUUGGAAACACGUGCUACUGCAACUCCGUGCUCCAGGCGUUGUACUUCUGCCGGCCGUUCCGGGAGAAUGUGUUGGCAUACAAGGCCCAGCAAAAAAAGAAGGAAAACCUGUUGACGUGCCUGGCAGACCUUUUCCACAGUAUUGCCACGCAGAAGAAGAAGGUUGGCGUCAUCCCACCAAAGAAGUUCAUCUCGAGGCUGAGGAAAGAGAACGAUCUCUUUGACAACUACAUGCAGCAGGAUGCUCACGAAUUUUUAAAUUAUUUGCUAAACACUAUUGCGGACAUCCUGCAGGAAGAGAAGAAACAGGAAAAACAAAACGGGAAAUUAAAAAAUGGCAACAUGAAUGAACCUGCAGAGAAUAAUAAACCAGAACUCACCUGGGUCCACGAGAUCUUUCAGGGAACACUCACCAAUGAAACCCGAUGCUUGAACUGUGAAACUGUGAGUAGCAAAGAUGAAGAUUUUCUUGACCUCUCUGUUGAUGUGGAGCAGAACACCUCCAUCACUCACUGUUUGAGAGACUUCAGCAACACAGAAACACUAUGUAGUGAACAAAAAUAUUAUUGUGAAACAUGCUGCAGCAAACAGGAGGCUCAGAAGAGGAUGAGGGUAAAAAAGCUGCCCAUGAUUCUGGCCCUGCACCUAAAGAGGUUCAAGUACAUGGAGCAAGCUGCACAGGUACACACCAAACUGUCUUACCGGGUGGUCUUCCCUCUGGAGCUCCGGCCUCUUGGUUAUAAAGAAGGACUUGUUUACCUGGUGACUUUUGCUCCUUCAUUCUUUUCCAGUGGUCCUAACCGUGGACAUUACAUCACCAUUGUGAAAAGUCAUGGCUUCUGGCUGUUGUUCGAUGACGACAUUGUAGAGAAAAUAGAUGCUCAAGCUAUUGAAGAAUUCUAUGGCCUGACAUCAGAUAUAUCAAAAAAUUCAGAAUCUGGAUAUAUUUUAUUCUAUCAAUCAAGAGAAUAACUUAGCGGAGCGUGGGACUAAUUCAAGCGGGGGAAAUACUCAAAGCACUACAGCCUUGUUUCUCUGCAGACCUUUCUCCCCCCCCCCCCCCCACCACUGACGUUAUCACUGAUGCCCACUGGUCCGGCAGUGUUCAACUUCCUUCCUUUGUGUUUUUAUAAGCAGCACUACUCCUGGGUUUGCCCUAGUCUGAGGUGGAGUUAACGGCAGUCAGAUUCUAGUCAGAUUUAGACGAAUAACUGUUGCUAAUUUGAAGAUUGAGGUGAAUGUUAUGCGGCUUGUCCUGUCUGGCUAAGUCAGGGUGACAUUUCCUGUAAAUGUCACAGCCCAUUCUGAGUGUUUGUUAAGCUUCCUGAAUGGUUUCCGGGGUCUCUUUUCCAUGCAUUCCUUUGAUGUGUCCCUGGAAGCGUUGCUCCCCAUUGUUAGCGUUCCUGCCUCUUCUGAUGGCAGGAGAUAGAUCUUCUCCCGGUAAGGCUGCAGCCAUAGCUUUAAGUUUGUGCAAGUGAAAAUGUUUAAAAGUGAGUGGCGAUGCUGAAGUCAUCCUCCGCCUUGGAACAGGGUGAAGCCAGGCUGGUGAUGGCCAGUGUUUGCGUCCAACUGUGCUUACCUAGCUGGUGGAAUCCCAGGGGCUAAGACUGUGGAGCUCAGGGCAGGCGAAGCCAGGAGGAAGAUGUUUUUGUGGAUAGUGAAAAGUUCCUUAUCUUUCUGCCAAAAGCCGAGUUUCAGGAAAACAAUGCGAUGCUGUUCCUUUUCAGUGACAGUUUUCUUCUGUUGGGUCCUGUAGCUGUCUUCUCCUCCUAUCUGGCACUGCUAAGCUUUUCAAGCUGGCUUUCCAAUCCUGCUGAUGUUUUGCAGUCAAUGGCAUCAGGGCUGAGAUACCAGUUGGCUGCCUCUGGCACAUCUCUCUCUCUCUGGCCAGUGAAUACCAACACCCUUCCUAGACUAGGAAGGUGAAUCAACAACUCUGUUUGCCUUGAUGACCAUCAGCAGAUUGUACAGCUUCAUUUAAAAAAAAAAUUCAGUCUGUUUACGGGGGCACUGGUGAGUUCCAGGGCUAAAACAAACCUCUCCCUGAAGGGAAUGCUGGAGUUAGUGGAGUGUGAGAUGGGUCACAGGAAGUGUUAAGGGGUGGGUGAAAGGAUGAACAAGACGGCAGCUGUUUCUCUGGCUCCGAUUUCUAGAAUGCUUGACAAGACAGUGUCCUGGGAGAACUCAUCUCACUAUUUCCCCUUUCGUUAUGUGUGUAUUUAUUAGAGAAUUUGAAUAUUGGUACCUUUUCUUAAAAGGGUUGAUUUGGUGUUUUACUGUUGAGUUAAUCUUAGUUUUCCUACAAAUACUAUGAGUCAUAGAUCUUAGGUUCCUUGGGGACGUCAGUUGACUUCCAUACACUAGAAUAUACUGUGAAUGUGUUACGUUGUGACCUAAUACAUCAGCGAAUGAACAUGCAAACUCUUGGCAUAAUGUGAACCACAACUGUAAUUGAAAAGCAUCAGUGGCCAUCUUGCAACAUGAAUGAAGAGGAUAGCACUUUAUCUAGGUGAAAACUGGACUUUUUACUUUUUGAAAUAUCUUGAACUGUUUAUGGCUCAGAACUUAAGCAUGCCAACACUUCAUUUGUUCAUGCUUGAAGGAGGAUGUCUCACUCUUCACGGGAGAAGACGGAACAGGGUUAUUUCAUGUUAUUUGUCUUAUGCAAAUGGCGAAAAUGGACCUUGUUUUGGUUAGAGGCAAAUGCAUAUUUAUAAAUAUUGUGUCUUUUUUUCCCCCUCCAUGAAGCAUAUUUAUUAAUCACUUACCUUGGAGGUGAACCUUUGUUCUUUAAAGAGAGGCACUUUCUAAAUGAAAGUGAUUGAUGGACGGAAAUGUGUGUACCACAUAUAGCCCAUAUAUUUGACUGUGGGUUACAAAGGUUAAGAAAAUGAAUGGUUACUGGUUUCUAAUCUACUUAGAACUGAUCAUAGAACAAAAAUUAUUAAAAUUAUCUUUGAAACAACUCUUGAAGCUAAUUUAUUAGACAAAAAAAUAUUUCAAUUGGAAGCCCAAAGUGCUAUUAUAAAGUUCAGCACACUUUUCUUUUUUUCUUUGGUGAGCGUGUAAAGUUUCCCCCAGUAGUGUAGCCAAAGUCAUUGCUUUUAACAGAGAAAGCGAGUUCAAAUUCAGUAUUCAUGAAGAAGUUUUUGCAACGGAAAGAGAUAAGCAUGGAGACUACUGUACUGAACUUCAGCUGGUUGUGGUGCAGGGAAAAAGAUCGCAGAAGACCAAAUACGAAUCUCUAUCCACACGCCAUCAGUUUUUAAACCAUAGGACCAUCUGGUAACUACUCACCUCUUUUCCAGUCAAGGAAACAACCUGAGGCAGCUCUGUUCCACCCCCAUCGUUUUUCUUGUCCUAGAGAAAUCAUGUUCUCACUUGCCGUCCCUGGUUCUAGCAUGAACAACAGUGAUGGUAGGACACGUGAGACCACUCCAUGGUCACCUCCAAGGUCACGGCAGCGAUAGCACAAAGACCCAGCAACAGCCCCCCAGAUGGGGCUUUGCGUGUUUUCUCCAGCAGGAGUGAGGAAGCCUGCUGCAUUCUCGAAUUGCUGGGUAUUUAAAAAGAAAUUACAGUGUCUUUGAAGAGACUUUAAAACUUUUUUAAAAAAAUGAAAUGUUUGUUUUAUUGGUUACUUGCUAGUUUAACAUCUAGAUUAUGGUACAGUAUGCUAAAAUCUUUUGUUUCAAGGCAAAAUUUAGUGAAAUGGUGACAUGUAUAGUGCCGUUCCAUUGAUGUGUUUUUCCAUUCCAAGCCAUCAUCAGGUAGACUGGCUGGAAGAAAGCCAGAGAUACUACAAUCAGGGUGUCGGUCUGAAUAGGAAGCCAUUCCCAUGUGGUUUAAUUAAUGUCCUGGUUAUAUUUUGGACUUAACAUAAAAUGGAACAUGACAGAAAUGGUCCCUGUGCGUUUGUUUUCAUGGGUACCCUUAAUCUCAUGGGCAUGUCUAACUCGAAAGUGUGUUCUAACUGGCGCUUAAGGCUUAUUUUAGAUACUGGAGUGUAGCUUUAUUAUGGAUGGAUUUUAUCUUUUAAACAUUUCAUUUUGAUCAAUUUUGUAUAUUCAUGUGUAUUAAAAUGUCGUGCACUAAAUGCUCUCUCCUGGUUUGCUGUUACCUGGUCAAGGGACUGGCCAGCACCAUUGUGAUUAGCCCAUGCAAAUGGCAUGGGCCAGAGAAAAUUAUUGCCUAUUUUUCUGCCUAAUUAAAUUUCUGUUUUCUAGUAUUACAUUAACUUA